AAAGCCAACACCUCAUUUGGCCGCCUUUCGUUCCAGUACUCUGCUGCCUGUGACUGGAAUGAACUGCAAAAAUCGCUGAAGUUGGAGACUUUUAUCUCCCUCACCAACUUCAAACAUCAGCUAUCCGAGCAGCUAACCGAUCGCUGCAGCUGUACAUAGUCUAUUGAAUUCAAAUGAAGAAGCACUCCAGUCAACAAGAUGAAGAACAAACCUGGGAAAAAGCAACACAACAAAACUAAGAUGUCUAAACAACAUCGAGACCCCAUCAAAACAGUGUGUGGAAGACAGUCAGAUGAUUUUGACUGCAAUAGAGAAGAACCAGACAUUAGUCAAGCACCCUACAUUACUAAAGGGGUUUGCAUCAGCUCCAUCCAAAUCAAAGAGGAACCAACAGACUUUGAACAGCAGGGAAUGGGAGAGGAACAAAACCGUUCAGUUCCUUCCUUCCAGAAGACUCACAUCAAACAUCAAAAUACAUCCAAUCCAAUGACCGGGUGUAGCCAGAUAUCAAGGAGUCCUAUGGUGAUGCUAACAAGAUUGUCUAAUGUGGUGGUUAAGACUCUUCUGCGAGACACUAAAGUGUGUUUGGUGAAGGAGGAAAACCCAGAUGAGCCCGAUGGCGUCUCUACUUCUCAGUUCUUUCCUUGUCCACACUGCACCAUUUCCUUCACUGACUGUUACUUCCUGGAGAAUCACAUCAAGACCAAACACCCGAAGCAGUACCUGGCCAUGCUGAAAAGCCACGUCUCAAAGAGUAAAACCGUGUAUGCCCCCACACACAGCUGUCCCCACUGUAGCUGCAUGUUCCAUACCUCACAGCAGCUACACGUCCACACCCGUCAGGCCCACCCCUCUGCCCCGCUAAGGAAACUCCACCCCUGCCCCUAUUGUGCCCGCAGCUUCCAGUACAUAGCCAGACUGCAUACUCACUGCAAGGUUUGGCACAAAAUGUCUGUCGCUUUCACCGAUGGGUACCUCAGUUGCGCUGACUGUGGAAAGAGCUUCAAGAAUUGCUGGGGACUGGGGCCUCACCAGUGUCACAAGCCUGAGGACACUAAGCUUGAGAAUGGCCCUGUCUGUCUGAACAUUGGCAUGCCAUGCUCAGAGUGUGGCAAAAGCUGCUCUAGUCCUCGGAAUCUGCGCAUUCACAUGCGCACACACACCGGCGAGAAGCCUUACGUCUGUAAGGAGUGUGGCAAGAGCUUCUCAGAAGCCAGCAGUCAUUGCAAACACAUGAUGAUACACUCGGGGGUCAAGCCAUUCAAAUGCCAGGAUUGUGGAAAGGAUUUUGCCCGGAUGGGGCGCCUCCGAGUUCACAUGACUAUUCACUCUGGCGAGAAGUCUUUCUCCUGCUCCAAAUGUGACAAGCGGUUUGCAUACAAGGACUGUCUGAAGCUUCACCUGCGCACACACUCAGGGGAGAGACCUUUCAAAUGUACUGUGUGUGGUAAAGACUUUGCUUACAGAAAUUAUCUGAAGUUGCAUCUGAAGAUCCACAGCAAUGAAAGGAACUACCAUUGUGGGGUUUGUGGGCUGAAGUUCAUAAACAGUGCAGCAUUGAAAACCCACCAGCGCACACACACUGGGGAGAGGCCUUUCCAUUGCACAGUGUGUGACAAGACAUUUUUCCGACAUGAACACCUGAAGAACCACCAGCGCACUCACACAGGUGAGAAACCAUACACCUGUACCGAAUGCGGUAAAAGCUUCACUCAGUCUGGAGAUCUGACCAAACACAAGCGCAUCCACACUGGGGAGAGGCCAUUUGAAUGUUCUGAAUGCCACCGACGGUUUAUCUGUUCUGCUGAUCUGACCAGACACAUGAGGAUCCACAAUAACUCACGGCCAUAUCCCUGCCAAGAGUGUGACAAGAGAUUCCGCUUGGCCAACCACCUUAAAAUUCACAUGAGGACCCACACUGGGGAGAGACCAUACUCCUGCCCCCGCUGCCAUCGCACCUUCGCUCGCACCCACCACCUCUCUGGUCACCUGCCUAGAUGUCACUGAAUGAUGAAAUUAGAAUGUAUAUAAAUAGUAUUUUACUCGUUGUAGUAAUUUAAUAAGGGAACAGUGAUGUACAGAAGAUGGUUUUGUGCCUGACUCUGUUGUGGUAAUGCCAAUAAAGGCCUAUAUAGUCUGUG